GUAUUUUCUACUUGUCUACCUUCAGUUAUCUGUGGCCGUAUUAUCUGCUCCAUAAGAGUAGUGUUCUGUGCUUAUCUGUAUUAUCAAGUGAUUACUUAACAUUUAUUAUUUUAGCAGUUUAGCACUAUUGGUUGCCAUUUAUCAAAGUUAAGUGCUCAUUGUAUCAUGUAGCCACUUCGAAAUCAAUAUAUUUUUUGUAUUAAGUUCACGGAGGUAUAAAGUUUUAGCGUAAGAAAUAAACCAAAAUUAAUUAACAUUUGCGUAUGGGUACCACCCGAUGUCUGACGCGAUUGCCGUUAAUUAACUCCAGAGUUUAUAUAAUUGCGCGCAACAUGAGCAUUGAUAUAGGAGGUAUGAGAAUAAAAUACAAAGAUAAGAAUGACACAUUUCUCGAAAAGCAGUUGGUUUCCAAGGAGCCUUUUGGUCAAUUCAAGGCAUGGUUUGAAGAAGCUUGCACUAGGAAAGAGAUUCUUGAACCUAAUGCCAUGUGUCUUGCUACUGCAACCAAGGAUGGAUUUCCUUCAGCAAGAUUUGUUCUGUUAAAAGGCUAUGGCAAAGAAGGAUUUAAAUUUUUUACCAAUUAUGGUAGCCGAAAAGCUAAAGAAAUGAAUGAAAAUCCCAAUGUAGCAGCUACUUUCUACUGGGAAAUAUUAAACCGGUCAGUAAGGAUUGAAGGCCAAGUUGAGAAAAUAUCAGAUGAGGAGUCCACAAUUUAUUUUCAUACCCGGCCAGUACCAAGUCAAAUUGCAGCAUGUGCGAGUUACCAGAGCACUCCGAUUGAGUCAAGGGAUAUUCUCUGUGAAAGAGAAGGUGUUCUGGAAAAGGAAUAUCUGAUACCUGGCAAAGAAGUUCCUAAACCAAGCUAUUGGGGUGGUUAUAUCAUUCGCCCAAUAGCAGUAGAAUUCUGGCAAGGGCAACGUGACCGUCUCCAUGAUCGAAUCAAGUUUCGUAAAGUGAAAGCAGAUGAGGUACCUGACGGAAAACUGCUUCAUGAGGGUGAUGAUGGAUGGGUCUAUGAAAGACUGUCUCCAUAAACAAGAAAGUUACAAUACGUAAUAUUUUUGUAUAAUACUGUUGGGAUUCGUUAGUACAUACAUAAUUUUUUAGAAUUUUUUCUUGUGUCGACCAUAAAGUGAUGGUAACAUUUUUAUUUUAUUACCUUUAUUAACUGUUAUGUAAUACAGUUCUGUAUUGUUUCUAUUUUUAAUCAUUUUGAUACAAUAUACAACUGUACAAUAAGUUUAUAUUUAGAUAUUUAAGAAUACACUCACUAGGCUUCCAAAUGUAGGAAUAAUUUAUUAUUCAAUAACAAAUAUAUCAUUUCUUGUUACUUUCAGAAUUUCUCUUUGUAUACCUUCUGUAUUUUGCGAUUUCCAACAAACUACGCAUUUUAACAU